AUGUCAACAAAAAAGCAUUUAGUCAGCCUUAUACAUGUUUACGCCGCAGCCAGCAUAAAAGAAAGCAAUGCAGCAGCAGGCGAGGGCAAAAACAUCCGCGAAUUCCACAUCUUGUGCAGUUUAGUAGAGCUGUGCAAGAAAACACCUAUAAACCUACCUGGUUCUUCUCUGUUGGAUGACGACGUACGAGCAAUAGAGCUGGUAAACAUGAGCGGCAGUACAGACGAAUGGCAAAGCCAGUUUCCGACUACAGAUAAGGUCAGCGGGGAAAAAAGCAUAGACUGCGAAAAGCAACCAAAACAAAUCAGCUGCCAUGAAAAGUACGACAAGUGGCGUGCAACGCGAAAGGCCCUCGAGGCGGAACCUAACAAAGAAAUCAAACAGACACCGGCCAAGGGUAUACAGAACACAGCUUACGGACGCAGAAUUCAUAUCCAGAUAAAUGACAUAGCAAAAGAAGCUCAAGUCAUUUAUAACAACUACAAAGCUGAAACGGCGCCAGUGCUAAACGGCAUCAACGACAAACUGAGAAUUCAUUUCGGAGAUGCGCUUUAUGGCAAACAGGACAGGCCACUAGCCGGCGCCCCAGCAGACAAGUGGCAAGCGAGCGGCACACGCAAUAACGACUGCAAAGGCGCCAAGGCCGGAAUUUCGCCGCGCGGCGACCUCUUCUGCUUAUGCGCUCAAGACACCACCAUAGCAGAACACAUGUGCGGCGACACAGUAACAGCGGCAGGAAGCAACUGGCUACUCGCAACAGUGGCCCCACUCAUUGACGGCAUGGCUUCCAAGUGCGCAGGAAAAGCAAAACCAACAAUAACCGCAAGCUACAUCAGACAUGCGCUGGAAACAUUCGACUCAGCACUAAAGUCGCACACCCAGGGCACAAAAGAUGCAGUCGUACUGGGCACACCGCACAGCAGCGGUGUAUGCGGCGGCCAAGCAAGCGUAGCCUGCGUAGACUACACGGCCGCGGUCAUGCCCAAAGAACAAGGCAAACACAACGACAUAAAAUGGUAUAACGAAUUGACUGACGCAUCCAAGGCGCUUGACAAUUACGCGGCCGCCAUGGCAGAGGAGAAGGCGGCACAAACAAAGAUACAAAAACUUAAACAGGAGGCUAACCGCUUAUUCCAGACGCUAAAAGUACAAGAACCAGCAGCAAUUCCACCCAUUUCGCAACUACCACGAAUAGACCCCCUAGAGUUGAAGAAAAAAUGCGAGCAGUUCCACAACAAGUCAAAGGAAUGCACAGAAAAUGGUUGCAAAUGGAAAGGUACUGAUGAAACAACUGGCACAUGUGAUGUAGAUGAGACUAAAGUUACAUCUCAGACAAACGCAGCAGGGACAGGAGAAGCAUCAAACGAGGAAACAGCCACAUCUGGAUGCGCAAAACACAAAGAUAAAACUGAGUGCGAUGCUGACAAAAAAGACGACAAGCAAAAUUGUGCAUUUAGGAAGGGUAAAGAUGUUGAAGAUGACAAGGAUACAGAAAAGUGCCGCUCUUCUGGUUUUCUCGUCAAUAAUAAAUUGGUUCAGAGUAUAGCUGCUGUUUUUGUGAGUUUGGUACCAUCUUAA